ACGGAGGUAUAAGAGCCUCCAAGUUUGCAGCUUUCGCCCAACUCCCAGACACCUCGCGGGCUCGCCGGCACAGGCAGCGUUUCCAGAAGGCCGAGUGGGGUGUGCGUGCGGCCGUUGGGCGCCUUCUUUUUGGACCUCGGGGCCAUCCACACCGUCCCCUCCCCCUCCCGCCUCCCUCCCCGCCUCCCCCGCGCGCCCUCCCUGCGGAGAUCCUCCUCGUCCCUCCUCCCGCUCCCUCCUCCGCGGGCCGCAUCGCCCGGGCCGGCGCCGCGAGCGGGGGAAGCUGGCGGGCUGAGGCGUCCCACUUUCCUCCUCUUCCCCGGGCCGCCCCUCUGCCCCGGGCCUGCGAGGCCGCGCCUUGCCGCCCGAGAGAUGAUGCAGGACGUGUCCAGCUCGCCAGUCUCGCCGGCCGACGACAGCCUGAGCAACAGCGAGGAGGAGCCGGACCGGCAGCAGCCGCCAAGCGGCAAGCGCGGGGGGCGCAAGCGGCGCAGCAGCCGGCGCAGCGCGGGGGGCAGCUCGGGGCCCGGCGGGGCCGCGGGCGGGGGCGUCGGAGGCAGCGAGGAGCCUGGCAGCCCGGCCCAAGGCAAGCGCGGCAAGAAGUCUGCGGGCUGCGGCGGCGGCGGCGGCGGCGCUGGAGGAGGUGGCAGCAGCAGCGGCGGCGGUAGUCCGCAGUCCUACGAGGAGCUGCAGACACAGCGGGUCAUGGCCAACGUGCGGGAGCGCCAGCGCACACAGUCGCUGAAUGAGGCGUUCGCCGCACUGAGGAAGAUCAUCCCCACGCUGCCCUCAGACAAGCUGAGCAAGAUCCAGACCCUCAAGUUGGCGGCCAGGUACAUCGACUUCCUCUACCAGGUCCUACAGAGUGACGAGCUGGACUCCAAGAUGGCCAGUUGCAGCUAUGUGGCCCACGAGCGGCUCAGCUACGCCUUCUCGGUGUGGAGGAUGGAGGGGGCCUGGUCCAUGUCCGCGUCCCACUAGCAGGCGGAGCUCCCCACUCCCUCGGCAGGGCCGGAGACCUAGAUGUCAUUGUUUCCAGAGAAGGAGAAAAUGGACAGUCUAGAGACUCUGGAGCUGGAUAACUAAAAAUAAAUAUAUAUGCCAAAGAUUUUCUUGGAAAUUAGAAGAGCAGAACCCAAUUUCAAAGAAACAGGGCGUGGGGCGCACUUUUAAAAGAGAAAGCGAGACAGGCCCGUGGACAGUGAUUCCCAGACGGGCAGCGGCACCAUCCUCACACCUCUACAUUCUGAUAGAAGUUUGAACAGUUGUCUAUGUUCUUUUUUUUUUUUUUUAAUUUGACGAAGAAUGUUUUUAUUUUUAUUUUCUCAUGCAUGCAUUCUCAAGAGGUCGUGCCAAUCAGCCACUGAAAGGAAAGGCAUCAUUAUGGACUUUCUCCAUUUUAAAAUGGUAACAGAGGAAUUUUAAGAACACCUUUAGAAAUAAAAAUACGGAAUCAAACUGACUUGCAAAAUCAGUCAGUCAAUUCCUUUUUUCGAUUUUCCUCUGAAGGAAAAAAAAACUUAAAAUACAAAAAACAACAUUCUAUUUAUUUAUUGAUGACCCAUGGUAAAAUGCAAAUAGAUCCGGUGUCUAAAUGCAUUCAUAUUUUUAUGAUUGUUUUGUAAAUAUCUUUGUAUAUUAUUUUUCUGCAAUAAAUAAAUAUGAUUGAAAAUUU